AUGGCGACCUACAUCUCGAAACGAACCGAGUCACGGACUGCGGCCAUGGCGACCUAUAUCUCGAAACGAGCCGAGUCACAGACGCAGUCCGUGUUCUUCAAGCUCAGCGCUGAAUUGCGCAAUGAAGUGUACUACUACGCAUUCAGCAUGCAGGACCCCGAAGCUACAGAGAUCUAUCUCUGCCCAAAAGACGCUCGAGUCGGCACGAAGGACAGCUUCGCAACCAAACAUGAGGGUAUCAACCUCGCGCUGCUCGCAACAUGCCGUCGGAUCUAUCAUGAGGCCGUCGGAGUCUGCUACGGUAUCAACCCGAUCGGCAUCGAUCGUAACAUGAUGGACCAGCUAUAUAUUCAGUUCAGUGGCGCACGACUUGAAAACAUUUGGACAUUGCGUAUGCACGUUGCAACCUCCUGGGCUCUGCCGGGUGUGAGCAGUACGAUCUCGAGAAAUAUGCCCGGUGUCGAAACGUUGGAUCUGGUCUUUGACAGUGGCACUGAGGCCGAUUUCUUUCGGGAAUUGUGUCGUCCGCAUGUCGUCCACUCGAUUUUCGUGACGGCCGUCAACACGGUCUCUAGGGCCAUCAGCAAACUCACAGCAGUCUCAAAGAUCACACUGACGGUUGGCCAUAUGACUGACUUGUACCCUGAACCGCACCAAGCAGAUCGCACCGCAGUGCCCCGCAUGCAACGAGAUUCGAUGGAAACGUCAGGCCUCCUCCGGGCUCUGGAAGAGGAGCUCAAUGCUUUGCUCCCAAAAAACAAAGCUAAGGCUAAGGCAGCUAAGGCAGAGGAGAGCGAAGUCAUUGAGUCUGAGGACAAAGACUGA